AUGGAAGAAGAAAUAUUAAACGAAGAGAAUAAUAAAUAUAAUAUUGUAGUUAAAGAUAGAUUUGGUGAUUUAGAAAUCGAUGCUCCUAAUCCUGUAAAUCCAAAUCCACAUGAUAAUGGUGAUUGUCCUGAACCAAAACUAACAACAACACAAAUAGAAGACAUGCCACCACCUAUUCCAGUUUCUAUACAAUCACCUCAUAUUACUCGUCCACCAAAACAACCAGGACCAGCAUUAGGACCAUAUUAUCAAUUUCUAACUACUGAUUUAAAUAGAAUGUUAUGGUUUGGAAGUGCAUUAAUAUUACGUAAUAUAUCAUAUGACCAACCAGAAAUUGAAUUUUUUUGUGAACCAAAACUAGAUUUUAAUUGGGAAAUUCUGUAUGAUAAUUUAUUUAAUAUGCGAAUUUAUCGAAUUAAUAUAUCAAUUGAAUUACGUGAUGGUAAAGGUGAUGAUAUAAUUCGUUGGAAAAUGAAUUGGGGUGAUCAUAUAACUGAUGGUUUAUUUCAUAUUGCUCGUUAUAAUCAAAAUUGGCGUGGAGGUUUUUUCUCAUGUAAUGGAUUUGAUAGUACUGUACCAGAUGACAUAAGAACAGAUCUUACAUUUGGUACUGUUUGGGAACAUUUAAAUUCUAUUCAUGAAGAAACUCCACUUCAUAUAUUAAUAUGGGGUGGCGAUCAAACUUAUGUUGAUUUUAUGUUUGAAGAUGUUCCUUAUUUAAAAGAGUGGGUAGACAUGGAAUGGAAUCAAAAAUGGACAUGUGAUUUUCGUGAUGAUUUAAAAGAGCAAAUAGAGCAAUAUCAUUUCAAUAGUUAUAUUCAAAAUUGGGAACGUCCUGAAGUUAAAAAUGCCUUAGCAUCUAUACCAAGUAUAAUGAUGUGGGAUGAUCAUGAUAUAUUUGAUGGUGCAGGAUCUUAUCCACCAUUACUUCAUGAUAGUCCUAUGAUGACAGGUUUAUUUAAAUGUGCACAAAAAAUGCGAUUAUUAUUUCAACAUCAUACAACAGCAGAAAAAGCACGUGUUCAUGGUUUAUUUGGAUAUCAAGGUUAUAAUAGUCUUACGCAGUGUGGUCCCGAUCUGGUAAUAAUAGGUACAGAUGGACGUACUGAACGUGAUACAAACAUAGUUCAUCAUCCAGAAAGUUGGAAUAUGAUUUUUGAUAAAUUAGAAAAUGAUAUUAUAAAUAUAAAACAUUUAAUUGUUGUAUUUCCUGUUCCAUUUUCAUUUGUUCGAUUUAAAUUAGCUGAAAAUAUUUUUGACCAUAUAAAAAAAUUUCCAAAUAGAUUUCGAAAUGUUCCACCAAUUAAACAAACAAAUUCAAUAUUUGGUUUACCAGAACUUUAUGAUGAUCUUCUUGAUGAAUGGACAAAUGCGUCACAUAUUGAUGAACGUAAUCGUGAAUUAAUACGUUUUCAAAAAUUUGCUGAAAGAAAACGUAUAAGAAUAACAUUCUUUAGUGGAGAUGUACAUUGUUGUGGUAUAAGUCGUUUUAAAAAAAGACAACAGGAUGAUUUAUUACCAAUAAAUGAUAGUAAAUUAAUGUAUCAAGUUAUAUCGUCUGCUAUUGUAAAUAAACCACCAUCACGACAAAUUCUUUUUGUUGCUCAUUAUGUUAGAACAAAAUGGUAUCCAGUCGAAGAAACAGUUGAAGAAUUAAUUGAUUUUUUUCAACGUUUACCAGAAACUGGAAGAAAAGUUCGUCAUAAAAAAUUAAUGUCAAAUCGUAAUUGGUGUUAUUUUGAAAUUUGCGAAGAGGAUCAUUCAACAGUUUAUAAGAAUAUCACAAUUGGAUGUUUACAACGUGUUUUUAAAUCUAAACAAAAACAUAUUCCUGCUGUUAAAUUAGGUCCAACAUCAUCACAUGAUGGUCAUGGUAGUGCAAAAUCACCAAUACAUAUACAUUCUCAUAAUCGCUCUUGUUCACAUAGGAAAGAAGUUGGUCAAGAUGAUAUAGGAACACAUACAUUAAAAAUUCGUUUAUGGUUAGAAAGUGGUGGAAAACAUACAGAAGGAAGGAAAUUUGUUAGUUAUGAAUUAUUAAUUCCAAAUUUAAUAUAA